UCGUCCUCAUCCUGGUCCUAAUUUCGUUCUUCUUCUUCCUUUCUCUCGCAGAAUGGCUGUCAUCGAUCGUCUUCCGGGCUGGGAUCAUUGGACCCAUCAUCGUCGGCAUCGUCUAUGGCAUGCCUUUGGCCGACAUACUUCUUGAGAUCUGGCAGGAAACUUUUCUCGCCAUUGGAUACAUCGGUCUGAUUCUUAUCAUCUUCGAAGGCGGUCUCACGUCGCGUAUGGAUCUGCUCAAGCAAAACUUCUUCCUGAGCAUGCUCGCCGCAACCACAGGCGUUCUGUUCCCCAUUGGCUUGUCUUAUCUGCUUCUCUAUCUCGGCUUUGGGUAUGGCGCCGUGGAGACCUUCAUAAUUGGUGCUGCUCUGUCGACCACCAGUCUCGGAACCACGUUCGCAGUCAUAGGAGGUGCAAGCAAAGACAUUGAUCUGUCUCAAACCCGCGUUGGCACUGUACUUGUCAGUGCAGCGGUCAUCGACGAUGUCUCUGGUCUUGUCAUGUCCAGUGUCAUCCAUGAUCUCGGUUCCAUUUCCGGAGGUGCAAAUGUCAAUCUUGGAUGGCUCAUCGGCAGACCGAUACUCGCAUCUAUUCUCAUGGCCGCCUUGACUCCAUUGAUCUGCAAAUACGUUUGUGCGCCGCUUUUCCGCCGACACAUCGAACACCACUUUGCACGAUUUGACCAUCUGUCCAAUGUCGUCCUCAUGGUCCUGGUUCUCUGCGCUUUCAUCUCAAUCGCCGCUUAUGCAGGCACAAGUGUGCUCUUCGGAGCUUUCCUUGCAGGGUCAUUUCUUACCUACCUUCCCUCAAAACAUCCUGAAGGCCCUUUUGUUGUGUACUCGCGUGAACAUGGCGAACAACACGACAACAAGAGCCCUACCUUCGUCCAUACGUUCGAGAAAUACUUUUCUGACGUCCAAAAGUAUCUCAUGGAGCCCCUGUUCUUUGCAAGUAUCGGAUUUGCCAUUCCCUUCAUCGAUCUUUGGACUGGUUCAGCUAUUUGGCAUGGCGUAGUAUACACGCUCUUGAUGCUUUUGGCAAAGGUCAUCGUCGGCAUCUGGAUCCCUUUGUGGGACACUCUAACCACACCCAAAGCGGAUGCUUCAAGACCGCCGCUGUCUCAAACCCUCCCUUCCGCUGGGCUCCUUGGAUUUGCUAUGGUUGCUCGUGGUGAGAUUGGCUUGCUCAUCGUCGAGAUCGGGUACAACUCGACCCCAUAUGUGAGCGACGCAGGUUUCUACACUGCCGUCUGGGCAAUUCUGCUCAAUACUAUCAUCGGUCCGAUGGUUGUCGGGCUUCUCAUCAAGUUCCGAGGUAAGGCCAUCGGAAAUGGUCAUUGGGGAAUCCAGACGACUCAAGGCGGUGGCGGUGACGAAAAGUUGCAGUCUAGCUCCCGCGACCAGACCUUGGAGGAAGGGUGA